AUGGCCCAGAAAAGGAAGGCCUCGUCGCAAGGAGCCUCGACUUCCAAGCGAUUUCAGAAGGAAACAAUCCUAGACACCUCUGACCCGAUAUAUGAGGAGUAUCAUUCUGAUGCUGAGUAUUCAGCCCCAGGCACUCCGAGUGCUAUGAGCCAAGACUUGAAUGAAACCCCUGCCACUCCAUACUCAACUACGUCUUCCCGCUAUCCAUCCGAGCUCAAAACCCACCGUUGCCCAUUUGGAGGAUGCGACAAAGCUUUCAAUCGUCCAGCUCGUCUUCAGGAACAUAUUCGAUCACACAACAAUGAAAGACUGUUCCAGUGCACGUUCGAGGGUUGUGACAAGACGUUUCUGCGCACGUCUCAUCUAAACCACCACGUCAAAAGUGCCCAUACUGGUGUCCGAGACUACGUUUGUGGCCGACCAGGGUGCGGUAAAAGCUUCGUGACGGGGUCACGACUCCGCCGACAUGAAGCUGCACACGACGGAAGAGACAAGUUCCGCUGCACUGAGUAUCCGCCCUGUAACGAGACAUUCCGAAAGCACACGACGCUCCAGAAACAUGUCACGACCGUUCAUUUAAAGCAGAAACCAUACCCUUGUAACCGCACAGAUCCAGUGACCAACCAAAAAUGCCAAAUGGCCUUUGAUACCGCUGGAAAUCUGCGAGCCCACGAAAGCAGGGUCCAUGCCGAAAAGCGAUUUACUUGCGCAGAAUGUUCUGAAAACCUACCAGAUCAAUCGUCAGACAUGAACCGUACCGACAACAUUCCGAGCCAAGACGUGACGUUCCCCACUUAUGCACUUCUACAAGAUCACAUCCGGAUUGUUCACCCUCCCAAAUGUCCUCAUUGUCCAAUCGUGUGCUCCACAUCACGAGAGCUCCGACGUCAUCUCGAGGUUGCUCACGGAGAUGUCAGUCUUGACGAACGUAAGGUGUUCCUUUGCACUUACUCCGGUUGUGAUCGCAGCUUCACCAAGCAAGGCAACCUGACAGUCCAUAUUCGCACCGUCCAUGAAGGCGAAAAACGGUUCGUCUGCGGCGAAACAGACCUCUCAUCCUCCAAAAAGGUUGCAGGUUGGGAUGCCAUUGGUUGUGGAAACCGUUACGGCAGCAAACUUGCACUCGAAGAGCACAUACGCACUGCUCACAUGGGACUCCAGAAUGCCAAGGCAGAGCGGCGUCAACGACUGGGACUGAACAAGAAACCCUCGCAUAGCUCCAUCUCUACAUUAGCCGCCCUCACAGGCCAGGGUUACGUGGAGGAAACAGGUCGACACAUUGCCUGCUUCUACGAUCAGUGCCCUCAUCGUUUCCAUCGCGACUACGAUCUCUGGGUGCACAUGACCAGCAAACAUGGCUGCUCCGAAGACGAGGUGCAGGGAUUGUUCAUGCAACGUGCCUUGCUUGCUGAUGACUCCGGCCCUGGAGGCAACUCAUUGGGCAUGUAUGGUCUUGGCCUUGACCAGGAGGGCCAGUCCUUUUUCCAAGAAAACUAUACUGCAGGCGACCAUUCAUCGGAUAUGGCUUUCGGCUCACAGUCGAAUGAUUCGAACUACCUUCCCGGCCAGCAAGGCGUGAAUACCGAUUAUUUGAUGCAAGAUGACUUUUCAGCGGGUGCAAGCGGGGAGAUUGAUUCUAUGUUAUCUGGCGGUAGCGACAUGGCUAUGAUUGACCCUGUUCUUGCUUAUAAUUUGAUGGAGCAAUGA